AAAGGGCCGGGGGAGACUCGCGAGCGAGCCUCCGCGGCACGUGGGCAGGUGCUGGGUGGCCCGGGGGCCAACUUUUGGAGCCCGCCUCUGGCGGCGGAACAGAGGCGGCUCGGUGUGGAGAUGGGGGCGGGCGGCGGCCGAGGUGCUGCUUUCUCGGCCGUGGUCGGAGCGUCACCUAACGGUCCCAGCAGCGUUGCGGCGGCCGGGGUGGGGGGGCUUAGGGAUCGGGGAUGCCCGGCCCGCCGCGCCCGCGCCGCGGGAGCCCCGCACAAAGCCCGCGCGCCGCGGGGGCGACCGCCGCGCCCCCGCCCGGGGAACGGCCCGGAGCCCGUCGCCGUCCCCACGCCGAUUCCGGCGGCUGCCGCAGGCGUUUGUUUGUUGGUUCCGCGCCGCCUUCCCCGCCGGAUGGCUUCCUGUGACAGAGGCUGCCUGCUGUUUCCCGGGGAGAUCAUGAAACGAGGUCGCCUUCCCAGCAGCAGUGAGGAUUCUGACGACAAUGGCAGCCUGUCCACCACUUGGUCUCAGAAUUCCCGGUCCCAGCACAGGAGAGGUUCCUGCUCCAGACAUGAAGAUCGGAAGCCUUCCGAGGACAUGAGCGAGUUCGGCUGCUGCCAGUCACUGCCAGCCUCAAGUGUUUAGGACAGACCUGAUCACCGCCAUGAAGCUACAUGACUCCUACCAGCUGAACCCCGAUGAGUACUACGUGUUGGCAGAUCCUUGGAGACAGGAGUGGGAGAAGGGGGUGCAGGUGCCAGUCAGCCCUGGGACCAUCCCUCAGCCUGUGGCCAGGGUCGUGUCGGAAGAGAAGUCACUCAUGUUCAUCAGGCCCAAGAAAUACAUCGUCUCUUCAGGCUCCGAGCCCCCGGAGCUGGGCUACGUGGACAUCCGUGCGCUGGCCGAUGGCGUGUGUCGGUACGACCUCAAUGACAUGGACGCGGCAUGGCUGGAGCUGACCAACGAGGAGUUCAAGGAGAUGGGCAUGCCGGAGCUGGACGAGGGCACCAUGGAGAGGGUCCUGGAGGAGUUUGAGCAGCGCUGCUCCGACAACAUGAACCACGCCAUCGAGACGGAAGAGGGCCUGGGCAUCGAGUACGACGAGGACGUCGUGUGUGACGUCUGCCAGUCGCCCGACGGUGAGGACGGCAACGAGAUGGUGUUCUGUGACAAAUGCAACAUCUGCGUGCACCAGGCCUGCUAUGGGAUCCUCAAGGUCCCCGAGGGCAGCUGGCUGUGCCGGACCUGUGCUCUGGGGGUGCAGCCCAAGUGCUUGCUGUGCCCCAAGAAAGGCGGAGCCAUGAAGCCCACCCGCAGCGGGACCAAGUGGGUCCACGUCAGCUGUGCUCUGUGGAUCCCCGAGGUGAGCAUUGGCAGCCCCGAGAAGAUGGAGCCCAUCACGAAGGUGUCUCACAUCCCCAGCAGUCGGUGGGCGCUGGUGUGCAGCCUCUGCAACGAGAAGUUUGGGGCCUCCAUACAGUGCUCCGUGAAGAACUGCCGCACGGCCUUCCACGUGACCUGCGCUUUCGACCGGGGCCUGGAGAUGAAGACCAUCUUGGCGGAGAACGAUGAGGUCAAGUUCAAGUCCUACUGCCCGAAGCACAGCUCCCACAGGAAAGCCGAGGGGAGCCUCGCGGCGGGGGCCGCUCAGGAGAACGGGGGGCCCGAGUGCUCCCCCCGGAGCCCACUGGAGCCCUUCGCCAGCCUGGAGCAGAAGCAGGGGGAGGCCCACCGGGUGAGUGUCCGGAAGCAGAAGCUGCAGCAGCUGGAAGACGCCUUCUACACCUUCGUCAACCUGCUGGACGUCGCCAGGGCCCUGCGGCUGCCGGAGGAAGUGGUGGACUUCCUGUACCAGUACUGGAAGCUGAAGAGGAAGGUCAACUUCAACAAGCCCCUCAUCACCCCAAAGAGAGACGAAGAGGACAAUCUAGCGAAGCGGGAGCAGGAUGCCUUGUUUAGGAGGCUGCAGCUGUUCACGCACCUGCGGCAGGACCUGGAGAGGGUUCGGAACCUCACUUACAUGGUGACCCGCAGGGAAAAGAUUAAGCGAUCUGUGUGCAAAGUCCAGGAACAGAUAUUCAAUCUUUACACUAAGCUCUUGGAGCAAGAAAGAGUUUCAGGUGUGCCUUCGUCCUGCUCCGCCGCCUCCCUGGAAAGCGUGCUUCUGUUCAACAGCCCCUCGGUGGGCCCCGACGCCCCCAGGAUCGAGGACCUGAAGUGGCACUCGGCCUUCUUCCGGAAGCAGAUGGGCACCUCCCUGGGUCGCUCCCUGAAGAAGCCGCAUCCGCGAGCCCUGCUGCAGGGCAGCCCGGGGCGCGGGGCCCAGGCCCUGCACCGGGAGGCGGCGGGGCUCCCCGAGAGCUUGCGGAGCUUGGACAAGACCUUGGCCGACGCCCGCCUCCUGUCCGCGCAGCAGAGAAACGGCGCGAUGGUGCCGGAUCCCAGGAGCAGGAGGGACCACCGCUUCCACUGUGACCCCGGGAAGGGGGACGGGAAGGACAGGCCUUUCAGACAGAGUCACAAGCCUCUCAGGUCCACGGACGUGUCCCAGCGGCAUCUGGACCCCGCGAGGGCCGCCGCCUCCCCUGCCGGGGGGCAGUCGGCGCCGGGCGCGAGGAGAGAGGGGUUGCCCAGGUGCAAUGGCUCCCUGAUGCGGGGGAGCUACAGCCAGACCGCAGUCAAAGUGCCUACCACGCCCGCCAGCCCAGGGAAGAACUGGGGGGGCUUCCGGAUUCCAAAGAAGGGGGAGCGGCCGCCGCCGGAGGCCCCCGCGCCCGGGGGCGCCUGCCACCCGCACGCGGACUACCCCUACCUGGGCUUGGGCCGCGGGCCGGCCAAGGAGAGGGCGAAGAGCAAACUGAAGUCGGACACCGAGAGCGACGGCUACGCCCCCGACGCGGAGAUGAGCGACUCGGAGAGCGAGGCCUCGGACAAGAAGUGCGUGCCCGCGGGCAGCGCCAUGGGCCGGAGGACAGACUUCAUCCGCAGGAGCAUCCUGGCCUCCUGAGCGCCCGGCGCCCGCCCCCGGCUCCUGAGCCACACACACUUACUCGCCGUUAGGAUGGAUGUUUCUCAGUCAUUUAUACAUCGUGAGAAGUGUGUGUUAUUUGCAACUUGGUGAGGAAACACACGAGUAGGUUGUGACCGCACUACAGACGCGGAAUUAAACACUAAGAAUGAAUGAGGUGCGUUUUUGAAGAGGGAGAGGCUUACGGAAACCUCGCGAGUUUUUAUUGCUCUGUAUACUUCCCAAAGCACAAACUCUUGGUUCCCCGGAUACGCGGAACCAGAUAUGGUUCUAGACACCCUCACGUACCGUUUACUGGCCCCUGACUGACUUUCCAGGAGGUGGUGGGUUGGAAACCAUGUUCACCGUGGGCCCCAGGCUGUUGUUGUUGCAUUGCAGUCUGCAGGCAGCAGCUCCCGGCCUGAGGAGCUGAGGGGACUUGUGUGUAAAUGUCCCAGUGGGAGGAGAGAAGUGUUGCCUGUCACCCCUGGAGGACCUGAAUGGGGGGCAGCUGGAAUGUAAAGGAAUGUGGCUCCUCAGCCUGCAACCCUGGGAGGGGGAUGGGAGAGGACCGGUGCAGCGCGAGGUCACUGGGAAGUCUGUCUGUGAGAGCGGGCAGCUGAGGCCCCAUUGACCAGUCCUCUUGACACCCUCUUCCCUAACUGCUGCCUGUGGGCCAGCGGGGGCGGGGGUCCCUAGCCAUUGGCAGUCCCUGGUCAGCUGGCCUCCAACAAUACAGUAGUCAUUCACGUUCAAGCGAUGAACUUCCAGACUCGGCUGACUCACACUUCCCAGGGUCCCCAACCGCGACAGAUUCCUUAAGAACAAGGAAAAAAGGAAAAGAAAAAAAACCCAAA